CAAUGAUUUGGAAAGAAUUCCCUGGUACAGAAUUGGUGAGGCGGCCGCUGGAGUGGAAACCGUAUGUCUAAUGUGGAUCGUAAUCAGAGCCAAGAGGUGCCUAAAAAGAGGGUAAUUUUCUUUGACUUAAGUCUGGAAUCCGCUUCCAGUGCUCAGAAACUCCUGUGGAGAAAGGAGAUAAAAUCAGUCGUCCGGUGGUGAUAAUGAUUGGAUGGGCUGGCUGCAAAAACAGGUAUCUAGAGAAAUACAGCGCCAUCUAUCUCCAGAAGGGGUGUAUAGUGAUCCGUUAUACAGCUCCAUGGAGAUUCGUGUUCUUUUCAGAAUCCUUGGGUAUAAAAUCCCUGCAGAAUCUGGCUAAGAAGCUGUUGGAACUCCUUUUUGAUUACAAAGUGGAGAUGAAGCCUCUAUUCUUUCAUGUCUUCAGCAAUGGUGGGUUCAUGCUCUAUCGUUACAUUGUGGAACUUCUUCACACUCAACAGCAGUUCCAGCAUCUGAGGGUAGUGGGUACUAUUUUUGAUAGUGCACCUGGUAGGAAGAACUUGAGGGGUGGGCUUCGUGCUCUCUCAGUUGUCUUAUCAUCAUACAAUGUAUGUGUGAAGUCCUUUCUUCUACUGUCAUUUGCAGUGCUGGUAGUGACAUUGCGGAUUAUGUUGUACCCUAUGACCCGCUUUAUACAUGAGAGCCAUUAUGAAGCAAUGUUGAACCAACCUUCUAAAUGGCCUGAGCUCUAUUUCUAUUCCAAAGCUGACUCUGUUAUCCUAGCAAGUGAUGUGGAGAACAUGGCAGAGGCUCGACGACAGCAUCAGGUCCUUGUUAAGACUGUUGACUUUGUGAAUUCUGAUCAUGUUAGCCAUCUACGAGCAUAUCCUACCUCCUAUGCUACUCAUUGCAUCUCCUUCAUGUACAGUUGCAUUGAAAGCACUUCAGCUCACUAGUAUGGCCAAUCUGAAGAUAUCAGCAUAUACUUCUUCUUGAUUGAGUUCAUAUAUUAAACAAUAAUGCGGUUCUGUCACUUACCAAAAGAGUUUGAAGAAUUUCUAAGAAUCUGGUAUAAACAUGUUUGCACAUAUUUGCUCAUUUACCUUAAUUUCCAUAGCAGAUGUUAAGAGUCUUUUUGAGAUACAUGGAAGUAUAGGUUCCUGAGUUUAUCCAUGUCUAAUAUUCUGUGUUCAGUGUGCUUAUAUGGAACUAUAGAAUAUAUAAUAGCAAUGUCUCUAUUCAAUUCUCCUUUCAUUAGCUUUUUCCUUUGUUCUAUUUCUUUUUCUCUCAUUUCACUCUUAGAUUUUUCUUCUAAUCAGUGCUGAGUUCAGAAAGAAAGAUUGUGGAGUUAGAUUAUGCAACUAGGAAUUUAUUGUCCACUGAGGUAUAUAUGAUACAAGAUAGAAUUAAGAGGAGGAGUCUGCUCCACUUAGUGCAGAUCUCUUUUUAGAGCUAUGGCAUGAAUUGCAUGCACAAAUUAACACUGUGU